CUUGUUUGUGGCGGCUCUUUCAUAAGUGCUGGGGUGACUGGGUCUCUGGAUGGAGUGGACUGAGAGGUUCGGCGCCCACGGAGCGAUCAUAUAGAUUUCACCUGAUUGAUUUUUAUGGAAGCUUUUCAGAUAAGCCUGAACGAUAAUGAGAGUUUGCUUAGAAGAGACAACAGGAAUAACAGAAAAAGUCCUCUAAUCUUAGGCAUACAGCUCAUAUGUUUAAACCAGUGUAAUUACUACAGACAAAGGUGUUGGAAAUUAAUAGCUCUUCUAGCUUUUUUAUUAUUUAAAUAUAAUAGUGUCAUUGGACUAAAAUGUUUCUGAUGCCAACCUCUUCAGAGUUAAACUGUGGGCAGAACUUAACCCAGUGGAUGACCAAUCCUUCUCGAGCUGGGGUCAUUUUAAAUCGUGGAUUUCCUAUUUUGGAAGCAGAUGAAGAGAAGCAAGCAGCUGUGAACAUUUCUACAAGCUUUUCUAAUAGAGCCACACAUUUUUCAAAUAACUUCAGCUUUGUAAAUAAAGAAGAUUCAAUUCAUGAAGAACACAAGUUGGAGUCUAAUAGCCCUUACAAACUACAGUCACAUAAAUCUGAAACACAUACAGUCUUUCCUUUGACUAGAAAGGGGUCACAAGUAGUGACAUGUCAGGAUGCUCCCAGACACUGGGAAGAUAACAAAAAUGACUUUAACUCAAAUCUUGAGAGUGAAUUCAAAGAAGUGACAUAUAAGGACCCACUUUUUAUAAAGCUUGAACAGCUGAAAGAAGUACAGCAGAAGAAGCAGGAACAAUUGAAGAGGCAACAGUUAGAGCAACUGCAAAGACUCAUGGAAGAACAGGAGAAGCUGCUUACAAUGGUAUCAGGGCAACACUCAUUACCAGGUGUAACUCCACUGACUGAUGCUCAGAGCCAGACAAAUAGAUCACCAGGAAAUUCAGCCACAGAAGAGAAAACCAUGACCUACUUACCAUCAUAUAUAUACCAGAAUCAAAUCCAAGAAAAAAUGCACACUUCCAACAUUUUAUCUGAUGAACAAAACAACUUCUGUAGAACUACUCAUCCAGAUUUUGUCUUAACUUCAAAAAGUGAUGCUUUUCCCAGUUUGUUUUAUGCACAAUAUCAAGAAGCACUUGUGGAAAAAAAUGAUUUGAAGGAAGAAAACCAUCCUACAGGAGAAGGUACCUUGCCCUGUUGGGAGACAACAAUGGAACAGAUUCAGGAAGGGAAUGAUAUGAACUUAAAAAAAAUUGAUGGUUCAUCAGAAGUGGUUAAUAUUGAAGAAAGGCCUAUUAAAGCUGCUAUUAGAGAAAGGAAACAGACUUUUGAAGAAUUCUUAGAAGAACAAAUUCGGUUGGAAGAACAAGAAUUGAAACAAAAACAGAUAAGGGAGGCAGAAGGAUCAUUGCUAAUCAAAGCAAAACCAAAACAACCAUUCUUGAAACGAGGAGAAGGUUUAGCUAGAUUUACUAAUGCUAAAUCUAAGUUUCAAAAAGGGAGAGAAGGUAUACUAGCAAGUAACCCGAAUGUUCCAAAGGAUCAGCCUGUGUUUAAAACAGAUAAGCAGCAAUUCCAGCGUAAAACUGCUCUUAUAAAUAAAGAACUGUGUACAGAGAACCCUCCUAUUAAAAAGAACAACAUUAGAACUAAGAGUGGCUCUGUCCUACUCAAUCAGAAGCCAAAAGUGCUUAAGAGUAACAUUAGGAAAAGUCUCUCUCCAUCAGGAUUAAACAUAUCAAUGGUAAGGAAAUGUGAUGGGCAGUUCAGAGACCAGAGCAAAUUAGGGAAAAAAGCUGAAUCCAAUAAUAAUGAAAAUGUAGCUGAGUGUAUAAAACCUUGUGAUAUUGGUUGCAAAGUCUGGAAUAAAACACACAGUAAGGACAAACUUCCUCUUUCAGUAGGGCUAGUCAGCUGCAUGUCUUCUACAAGCCAGAUAAGUGAGGGUGUGAAAGAGUCAGAAUCUUCUAUUGAUAUUUCUCUUCAGAAAAAGUUAGAGAACUGGGAACGAGAAAAAGAAAAAGAAAAUUUGGAAUUAGAUGAAUUUUUGUUUUUAGAACAAGCUGCUGAUGAAAUUUCAUUUUCCAGUAAUUCCUCAUUUGUACUGAAGAUUUUAGAGAGGGACCAACAAAUCUGCAAAGGGCACCGGCUGUCUUCUACCCCUGUCAAAGCUGUGCAGCAAGAGAACACAAUGACAAUAGGUCCCAUUAAUCAGUGUAAUCAAAAUGAGCAUACAGACCACACUGAAUGUGAAAAUAAGAGUGAAUGUGAGCUCACACAUAAACAGCUUGAUUCAUCAUCCUCACCUGAUGGACUGAGGGAACAGUCUUUUAAAAUCAGUAGGAAAGCAUUACAAAUGGCUACUUCUGAGAAUCAAACUGGAUGGAAUGCAAAUGAUGAUGGUGAUAUGAACAGUGAGAGUAGCACUGAUUCUGAGGAACAACUUGAUGUUACCAUAAAACCAUCAACUGAGGAUAAGGAAAGAGCUUUCAGCAGCAGCAGAGAAGAUAGUCCACAAGUCUGUGAUGGUAAGGGUCCUUUUAGGGACACUGAGACUCAAGAAGAAGAUAAAAGAGAUGAUUUAGAUUUGAGUGAUAAGGAUUAUGGUAGUGAUGAGUCUCUCAUAUCAGAAAGCUUGAAAAAUAAAAUUUCUGAGUCUUCAUUUCAAAGUAUGAAUAAAAUUGACUUUGAUGAUGAAAGAACUUGGACUGACCUUGAAGAAAAUUCACUUAAGCAUGAUGUUAAUUUUGGGCAUGAAGCCAGUUAUGGGGCUUCCCAGACAACCUGCCCUAAGAAGGGUGAAAUGUGCGUACUAGAUAAAACAAUAAAAAGGAAGGUUGCACCAGUCAAGAAGGGAGAAGACUUGAGCAAAUCCAGUAGGAGCACAAGUCCUCCAACAUCAGAUCUGAUGAUGAAACUCUUCCCUUCUUUGAAACCUAAAGCAAAAUCAGAAUCACACUUGGGAAAUGAACCCAAGUUAAACAUAAGUCAAGAGCAACUCCCUGGUGACAAUGCUCGCUCUCAAGUUUUGAGAGAGAAAGUUAUUGAAUUGGAAACAGAAAUAGAAAAAUUUAAAGCUGAGAACACAUCACUAACUAAACUUCGCAUUGAAAGAGAAAAUUCCUUGGAAAAACUCAGGAAAGAAAUUGCAGACUUUGAACAACAAAAAGCAAAAGAAUUGACUCGAAUAGAAGAGUUUAAAAAGGAGGAAAUGAGGAAGUUGCAAAAGGAACGCAGAGUCUUUGAAAAGUAUAGUACAGUUGUAAGAGCUUUUCCAGAUAAAAAGGAACGUGAAGAAAUACAGGCUUUGAAACAACAGAUAACAGACUUACAGGAAGAUUUGAAAAGAAAGGAAGCAAAAUGGUCAAGUACACAUGGUCGUCUUAGAAGUCAGAUAGAAAUGUUGGUCAAAGAGAACACAGACCUCCGAGAAGAAAUUAAAAUGAUGGAAAGAUUCCGGCUAGAUGCCUGGAAGAAAGCAGAAGCAACUGAGAGCAACACCAAGUUGGGUCAGUGCGUGACUACCAUGAAAAAAGAUGGGUCCAUGAAUUCAUCAGUUCGAUUUCAAAAGAAUCAAAUUUCUUCAGGAGCCCAGGCAGAAAAGAACAAGAAAAACCAUUUGCCAACACAAGGCAAUCCAUCUCGAAGAUCCAAGUCUGUGCCUUGUCGUGAUUUAGGCAAUUCUGAUAAGGGACAAACUGCUUUACCCAGGGAACCCCCUGAACCGGUAGACUUCCCAAACCAUGAAUAUAAAGAGGAGGAUGAAAAAGAGGAAAAUGAAGAAGAAAUUCAAGGAGAAAUCAGCCAUCCUGAUGGAAAGAUAGAAAAGGUCUAUAAGAAUGGGUGUCAUGUUAUAUUGUUCCCAAAUGGAACUCGGAAAGAAGUGAGUGCAGAUGGGAGGACCAUCACUGUCACUUUCUUUAAUGGUGAUAUGAAGCAGGUCAUGCCAGAUGAACGAGUGAUUUACUACUAUGCGGCUGCGCAGACCACUCAUACGACCUACCCAGAAGGGCUCGAAGUCCUACAUUUCUCAAGUGGACAAAUAGAAAAACAUUUCCCAGAUGGAAGGAAAGAAAUCACAUUUCCUGACCAGACUAUCAAAAACUUAUUUGCUGAUGGACAAGAAGAAAGCAUUUUCCCAGAUGGUACAGUUGUCAGAGUACAAAGAGAUGGCAACAAAAUCAUAGAGUUUAAUAAUGGCCAAAGAGAACUACAUACUGCCCAGUUCAAGAGACGGGAAUAUCCAGAUGGUACUGUUAAAACUGUAUAUACAAAUGGUCAUCAAGAAACAAAAUAUACAUCUGGUCGAGUAAGAGUUAAAGACAAGGAUGGUAAUAUUUUAAUGGAUACAAAAUUAUAAUGAUCCUUGUGUGAGUAAUCAUGAAAUAACACUAACUUGAUUUUCUUAUUGAAAAAUAUACAUUCCUGUGGGUUUUGUUAAUUUAUAGAUACUGUGUGUGUGUAUGUACAUGUGGAAAAGAUUAUGUUUGAACUCUAAAAUAAAACUUUACAGCUUAUUUUUAAUUCACCUUUUUGUCUUUGUAUGGUU